CUCCCAGAAUGCAUUGCGUCGUGUCAACUGACAGUGUGCGGUGUGUUGUUGUAUACUGAUCUUGGAUUUAUCGCGACCCGGGGGGAGCUUGAUCAUUUAUACCACGCGUGUAAUUAUUGCGUUGGACGCUCGCGUUGAGCUCGUGCAGACCAUGAGCGGGAUGAGGACCGCCCUGGCCUCGAUCGGGGUGUUUGGGCUUGUUGGUGUAGGCUACGGCAUGUGGGCCAUCAUUUCACCUGGAGAGGACAGGAAAAGGGAAAUGUUAAAGAAUCUGCCAGAGGCCAACCCCGUCCGGAUGGAGGAGACCAGAAAGAGGAACGCCCUCGUGCUUCAGGCUCUGAAGGAUGCUGCAGAGACGAAUGAAAACAUUGCACGCGGAUACGGUGGCCAGAAAUGAAGGAAUGCGUUUGCACAAAUAUCAUACUCUCACAUGCCAUUAGCAAUCUGUACAUGCAUAGGAGUUUAAACAUGAAGCCAGUGACUUGUUAAAAAAUAAAUGAUCUCCAGAUGCUCCAUGCCCUCACUUGAUGAACACUGCCAUGAAUGGCACGUUCUGUAAGAUUUGCUUUGAUUGUGAUUUCCUUGCUGGAAUAUUAAUCUUGAAAUAGCAGGUGCACUGCGGACCAGUUCAUGAUUUGCUAGUAGCUGGUUUAUGGCUGGUCCAAAAUGGAUCACAUUGUUUAUAUAUUGAUAUAAAUGUUUAUGGAGAUUGUAUAGCAAAUAAAACUUUAAACGUG